AUGUAUGAGAUGAGAGAAGAUCCGCGAACUCAGGAGCACGUGGUCGGGAAGUCCAUCAACAUGGCUCUGUCCGAGAGGGGUCGGGUAGCUCUCCGGUCGCUGGGUCUCGAGGACCAGAUACUGGACAACUACUCCAUCAAAAUGAACGCCCGACUCAUACACGACGUGAACGGCCGGAAACGGGCCAUACCUUACGGCAAGAAAAAUCAAUACCUGCUGUCGAUUAGCCGGCGAUUCCUCAACGAACUAAUGCUCACAGAAGUGGAAAAGUAUAACAAUAUUAGUCUGAAUUUCAAUCACAAACUGGUCGGCGCUAAUCUCGAUGAGGGUAUGUAUUAUUUGUAG